GAAAAUUAAAAAGACGAAGAAGAAACUCACACGUGUUUACAAUAUAGCCGUUUCAGUCGUUGCUGACCCUUUUUAUAUCGCAUGAACUCUUGAAACGAGAAUUUAUUUCUUCAACGCGUCGCGGGUGAAAGAAGAAUCAUUUUUGAACGCCGCCAUGGCUCAGAGAAAGAAGAAAAUGACCAAGAAGAAGAAAAAUACGGCUGGCAGAGAGCCCAACGCGGAUUCCGACGGCGGAGACUUCGAAAUAGACGUCCAAAUCAAAGACGAUGAUUCCCCCAAGGGAAAAUUAUUGCGCUUCCCCACCGCUUCGGACUGCCUGUCUGAUGUGGAGCCUGAUACCAGGGAGCUGGUCCGAGCCCAGAAUAAGAAGAAGAAAAAAUCGGGAGGAUUUCAAUCCAUGGGACUCUGCUACCCCGUCUUCAAGGGCGUCAUGAAGAAGGGUUACAAGGUGCCAACGCCAAUCCAAAGAAAGACUAUCCCGGUCAUUCUGGACGGCAAAGACGUCGUAGCCAUGGCUCGGACUGGCAGCGGCAAGACGGCCGCCUUCCUGGUGCCCAUGUUUGAGAAGCUGAAGGCGCCGCAUGCCCAGACGGGUGCUCGGGCUCUCAUCCUGACCCCCACCAGAGAACUGGCCCUGCAGACUAUGAAGUUCACAAAAGAGUUGGGGAGGUUCACUAAGCUGAAGACAACCUUGAUCCUUGGUGGAGACAGUUUGGAGGACCAGUUUGCUGCGCUUCAUGAAAACCCCGACAUAAUCAUCGGUACCCCCGGCCGUCUCAUGCAUGUCGUCCAGCAAAUGAACUUGAAGUUGAAUCAUGUGGAGUACGUGGUGUUCGACGAGGCUGACAGGUUGUUUGAGAUGGGCUUUGCCGAACAGCUCCAGGAGAUUAUCAGAAGACUUCCUGACACUAGACAGACUUUGUUGUUCUCUGCCACGCUGCCCAAACUGCUGGUGGAGUUUGCCAGGGCGGGACUGACAGAACCAGUGUUGAUUCGUUUGGAUGUGGACUCUAAGCUCAGUGACCAGAUCAAGCUGUCCUUCUUCCACCUGCGAGUGGAUGACAAGCCGGCACUGCUGCUUCACCUUCUGAGGAACGUGGUCAAGCCUCAGGAGCAGACGGUGGUUUUCGCCGCCACCAAACAUCACGUGGAGUACAUCAAGGAGUUGUUGUCGUCAGAAGGGCUAGAGUGCGCCUACAUCUACAGCGCCCUGGAUCAAACGGCCAGGAAGAUCAACAUCGGGAAGUUUGUGCACCGCAAAGCCAUGGUGCUCGUCGUGACGGACGUGGCCGCUCGCGGUAUUGACAUCCCGCUGCUGGACAACGUCAUCAACUACAACUUUCCCUCCAAGUCAAAGCUCUUCUUGCACAGAGUUGGUCGCGUGGGCCGAGCGGGGCGCAGCGGCACAGCCUACAGUAUGGUUUGUCCAGACGAGGUCCCUUUUGUGUAUGACCUUCACCUUUUCCUGGGAAGACCGGUGCAGCUCGCCACGCCAGAACACUCGGCAGAUUCAGACGGAACGUUCGGUCGGGUGCCUCAAAGCAUCUUGGACGACGCAGCUGUCAAUCUGAUCACGGCGCACGACAAUUCCUUGGACCUGCAGAACCUGCACCGCGUCUCGGAGAACGCCUACAAGCAGUACCUCAAGUCUCGGCCGAAUCCCUCAGUGGAGUCCAUCAGACGAGUGAAGAACUUGGACCUGACCUGCAUGGCCGUCCAUCCUUUACUGGGGGCGGGAUUGGAGAAAACUGAACUGGACCGCCUUCAAAUAGUCGACGCCAUCAAGGGCUACAAAUCUAAAUCGACAAUCUUUGAAAUCAACUCCAGCAGCAAGACGCUCGCCAGUGAGGUGAUGCGGGCCAAGCGCUCCAAGGACUCGCGGCUGGUGGACAAAUUCAGCAAGGACAGGAAAAGUCUGGCGGCCGAGAGACGCCUCCAUAAACCCGUCAGCGUCCCGGCCGGCCAAGACGCUGCCGACUCAGGCGAGGACCACGCACUACAGGACGUUUUCUGCGAGGUGAUUGGUGGGAAGAGUAAGGCUAAUCAGGACGAAGGAGAAGCGCGUCCAAAGAACAAGCGAGGCAAACGCGUGCCGGCCAAAGACGAGGAAUACUACAUCCCCUACAGACCCAAAGACUUCAACUCGGAGAGGGGCCUAAGUUUGAGCGGAGAAGGCAGCGCCUUUGAAGCGCAAGCGUCCUCCGCUGUCCUCGACCUCAUGGGAGACGAAGGAGAAGGACUCAACCAGCACAAGAGGAUUAUGAAAUGGGAUCGAAAGAGGAAGCGCUUUGUAACAGACACGGGCAAAGAUGACCAGAAGAAACGAAUUAAACUCGAUGGCGGUCAAACCAUCCACAAGAAGAACAACAAGAAGAACUUUUACGAGGAAUGGAAGAAGAAGUACAAAAUUGAUGAAGGAGCCGCAGGGUCAGAUGGGGAAGGAGGUGGAGGAGGCGGGAGGAGGCCACCAAGAGGCCGCGGCCGUGGUCGCGGCCAGAGUUCAGCGGGCCCUCAGUUCGCGUCCAACGGCAGCAGAGUGCGCAGCGAGCUCAAAACCAGCCAGCAGAUCCUGAAACAACGCAAGAAGCAACAGAAGCAUCGCUUCCUGCAGAGCGGGGGCCUCAAGAACCUGCGCGCCAAGAACAAGAAAUGGCUGGGAGAGGUGAAGAAGUCCGGCUUCGGUCGGGGCAGCCAAAAGAAGGGCAAGAUGAGGAAGAGGAUGUGAGAAUGAGCAAUGACUUGUGGAUCUGCCUCUUCAAUGUGAACUUUCCACAUAGGAACGUUUGCGAAUGACUUCUUUUUGGUGCGUUUUUGAGUCUUUUACUGUGUAUAUAACUUAACUCAUUCAUGAAAAUACAGAAAACUAUGGCCCAA